GGGGUGUGUGGGGCGCAGGCCGGGAACCCUGAAUCCCGGCGCUGGACGUGCCGGCCGGGAGCAAGGAGAGGCAAGAGACAAAGAAUCGGCCGGCCAUCGGCUCAGCCAUGACGGGGUCCCUGUGCCUCAGCCUUGCCUCAGGCCGCAGCAGCAGCAGCAGUGACCACAGCCGGCACUGACGCGAGAGCCCCCGACGUCGAGAGUGGCCCUGAUGGCUGGCAUGUCGCAGCGACCGCCCAGCAUGUACUGGUGUGUGGGGCCGGAGGGGUCAGCUCUGUGUCCAGAACGCGCCAUGGAGACACAGACCGGUGCGAGGGACAUGGGCGGCAAGCCAUCCACGCCAGGCGGGGUCCCCACAGCACCGUGCCCCAGGACGGAAGGCAUCCACACCGCGUACAAGCAGGGAGACACCAGCAGGGCCCAGCUCCUGCUCAGAGAGGCUUGUGACGAGUGCACGUCCCCGCUGGAAAAGGGGGAGCUUCUCAGCAUCCCGGCGGCGUACGGAGACCUGGACACCGUCCGGUAUCUGCUCGCGGAGAGGCGGGUGGAGCUGGCCACGGAGCCCACGGACGACAACCCAGCGGUGGUGGCCGCACACUUUGGGCACACCGACGUGGUGCAGGAAUUGCUGGAGUCUCUGUCAGGCUCCUGCAGCUCCCAGCGACUGCUCAACUGGAUGCUGGCCCUGGCCUGCCAGCGAGGGCACCUGGAGUUGGUGAAGCUCCUAGUGCUGACCCACGGGGCCGACCCGGAGAGCUACGCCGUGAGGAAGAACGAGUUUCCAGUCAUCGUGCGCCUGCCCCUCUAUGCGGCCAUCAAGUCAGGAAAUGAAGACAUCGCCAUAUUCCUGCUUCGGCAUGGGGCUUUCUUCUGUUCCUACAUCUUACUGGACAGUCCGGACCCCAGCAAACAUCUCCUCAGGAAGUACUUCAUCGAAGCCACUGCCUUGCCCAGCAGCUAUCGGGGGAAGACGCCUCUUCGUGUGAAAUGGUCCAACCUCAAGUUGCCCUGGGUGGAUCUGGACUGGCUCAUAGACAUCUCCUCGCAGAUCACAGAACUGGACCUUUCUGCCAACUGCCUGGCCUCCCUCCCCUCCAUCAUCCCCUGGGGCCUCAUCAACCUUCGCAAGCUGAACCUCUCAGACAACCACCUGGGGGAACUGCCAGGUGUGCAGUCAUCAGACGAAAUCAUCUGCUCCAGGCUACUCGAAAUCGAUAUUUCCAGCAACAAGCUGUCCCACCUACCCCCAGGGCUCCUGCAUCUCUCAAAGCUUCAAAAACUGGCUGCUUCCAAAAAUUAUUUAGAAAAACUGUUCGAAGAAGAAAGUGCCACUAACUGGAUUGGUUUGCGGAAGCUGCAGGAACUCGAUAUUUCUGACAAUAAGCUGACGGAGCUCCCAACGCUAUUCCUGCAUUCUUUCAAGUCACUCAGCUCUCUGAACGUCUCCAGAAAUCACCUGAAGAUGUUUCCAGAUGCCUGGGCCUGCCCUUUGAAAUGCUAUAAAGCUUCCCAAAAUGCACUGGAAUCUCUACCAGACAAAAUGGCCGUCUUUUGGAAGAAUCACCUGAAAGAUGUGGAUUUCUCAGAAAAUGCCCUCAAAGAAGUUCCCCUGGGACUUUUCCAGCUGGAUGCACUCCUGUUCCUGAGGUUACAGGGGAACCAACUGACAGCCCUGCCACCGCCCGACAAGUGGACCUGCAGGCAGCUCAAAACCCUGGAUCUCUCCAGAAACCAGUUUGGCAGAAAUGAAGAGGGACUUAAAACAAAGCGGAUUUCCUUUUUCACCACCAGAGGGCGCCAGCGUUCUGGGACUGAGACAGCGUGUGUGCUGGAAUUUCCGACCUUUUUAAGUGACUCUCUGGAAGUCCUUUGCCUGAAUGACAAUCACCUGGACGCCAUCCCGCCCUCGGUUUGCCUCCUGAAGAACUUGUCGGAACUCUACUUGGGAAACAAUCCCGGCCUCCGAGAGCUCCCUCCUGAGCUGGGGCAGCUGAGCAACCUGUGGCAGCUGGACACUGAAGACCUGAACAUCAGCAGUGUGCCCGCAGAGGUCAGGAAAGAAGGCCCCAAGGCCGUGCUGUCUCACCUGCGCGCCCAGCUGCGGAAGGCAGAGAAGUGCAAGCUGCUGAAGAUGAUCAUCGUGGGGCCUCCGCGUCAGGGCAAGUCCACCCUCCUGGACAUCCUGCAGACCGGGCGGGUGCCCCAGACGGCCCAUGGCGAGGCCACCGUCAGAACAACCAAGUGGGAGCUCCAGAGGCCGGCGGGCUCUAGAGCCAAGGUUGAGUCUGUGGAAUUCAACGUCUGGGACAUCGGCGGCCCCGCCAGCAUGGCCACGGUCAACCAGUGCUUCUUCACAGACAAGGCCCUGUACGUGGUGGUCUGGAACCUGGCGCUGGGGGAGGAGGCCGUGGCCAACCUCCAGUUCUGGCUGCUGAACAUCGAGGCCAAGGCCCCAAACGCUGUGGUGCUGGUGGUUGGGACACAUCUGGACUUGAUCGAAGCCAAAUUCCGCGUAGAGAGAAUCGCGACCCUGAGGGCUUACGUGCUGGCACUCUGCCGCUCCCCCUCCGGCUCCAGGGCCACCGGCUUCCCGGACAUCACUUUCAAACACUUACACGAGCUCUCCUGCAAGAGCCUGGAGGGCCAGGAAGGGCUGCGGCAGCUCAUCUUCCAAGUCACCUGCAACAUGAAGGACGUGAGCAGCACCAUCGGCUGCCAGCGACUGGCAGGGAGGCUGAUCCCCAGGAGCUACCUGAGCCUCCAGGAGGCGGUGCUGGCCGAACAGCAGCGCCGGAGCCUGGAAGACGAUGUGCAGUACCUGACAGACAGGCAGCUGGAACAGCUGGUGGAGCAGACACCGGACAAUGAUAUCAAAGACUACGAGGAUCUCCAGUCCGCCAUCAGCUUCCUCAUAGAGACCGGCACCCUGCUUCACUUCCCCGACACCAGCCACGGCCUGAGGAACCUCUACUUUCUCGACCCCAUCUGGCUGUCCGAGUGUCUGCAGAGGAUCUUCAACAUCAAGAGCUCCCGGUCAGUGGCCAAGAAUGGGGUGAUCCGGGCAGAGGACCUCAGGAUGCUGCUGGUCGGGACGGGCUUCACACACCAGACGGAGGAGCAGUACUUCCAGUUUCUGGCCAAGUUCGAGAUCGCCCUGCCCGUCGCCAACGACAGCUAUCUCCUGCCACACCUCCUUCCAUCCAAGCCCGGCCUGGACACCCACUGCAUGCGGCACCCAACGGCCAACACCAUCCAGCGGGUGUUUAAGAUGAGCUUUGUUCCUGUUGGCUUCUGGCAAAGAUUUAUAGCCCGGAUGCUGAUCAGCUUGGCAGAGAUGGACCUCCAGCUUUUUGAAAACAAGAAGAACACUAGAAGCAGACACAGAAAAGUCACCAUUUACAGUUUUACCGGAAACCAAAGAAAUCGCUGCAGCACAUUCAGAGUGAAGAGAAACCAGACCAUCUACUGGCAGGAAGGGCUCCUGGUCACUUUUGAUGGAGGCUACCUGAGUGUGGAAUCCUCGGACGUGAACUGGAAAAAGAAAAAAAGUGGAGGAAUAAAAAUCAUUUGCCAGUCAGAAGUGAGGGACUUCUCGGCCAUGGCUUUCAUCACAGACCAUGUCAAUUCCUUGAUUGAUCAGUGGUUUCCCGCCCUGACGGCCACAGAGAGCGACGGGACGCCCCUCAUGGAGCAGUACGUGCCCUGCCCGGUCUGCGCGACCUCCUGGGCGCAGCUGGCCGACCCGAGCGAGAAGUCCGAGCGGGUGCAGUACUUCGACAUGGAGGACUGUGUGCUCACGGCCAUCGAGCGGGACUUCAUCUCCUGCCCCAGACACCCCGACCUCCCCGUGCCACUGCGGGAGCUGGUGCCCGAGCUGUUCAUGACAGACUUCCCCGCCAGGCUCUUCCUGGAGAACAGCAAGCUGGAGCACAGUGAGGACGAGGGCAGUGUCCUGGGCCAGGGCGGGAGCGGCACUGUCAUCUACCAGGCGCGGUACCAAGGCCAGCCCGUGGCCGUGAAGCGGUUCCAGAUCAAGAAAUUCAAGAACUUCGCUAAUGUCCCAGCAGACACCAUGCUGAGGCACCUGCGGGCCACAGAUGCCAUGAAGAACUUCUCGGAGUUCCGGCAGGAGGCCAGCAUGCUGCACGCCCUGCAGCAUCCCUGCAUCGUGUCCCUCAUCGGCAUCAGCAUCCACCCGCUCUGCUUCGCCCUGGAGCUGGCCCCGCUGGGCAGCCUCAACACCGUGCUGUCCGAGAACGCCAAAGACUCUACCUUCAUGCCCCUGGGACACAUGCUCACCCAAAAAAUAGCCUACCAGAUCGCCUCGGGGCUGGCCUACCUGCACAAAAAGAACAUCAUCUUCUGUGACCUGAAGUCGGACAACAUCCUGGUCUGGUCCCUCGAUGUCAAGGAGCUCAUCAACAUCAAGCUGUCGGACUACGGGAUCUCAAGGCAGUCCUUUCACGAGGGUGCCCUGGGUGUGGAGGGAACGCCCGGCUACCAGGCCCCAGAGAUCCGGCCUCGCAUCGUGUACGAUGAAAAGGUAGACAUGUUCUCCUACGGCAUGGUGCUGUACGAGCUGCUGUCAGGACAGCGGCCUGCGCUGGGCCAUCACCAGCUUCAGAUCGCCAAGAAGCUGUCCAAGGGCAUCCGCCCGGCUCUGGGGCAGCCGGAAGAAGUGCAGUUCCAUCGACUGCAGGCGCUCAUGAUGGACUGCUGGGACACCAAGCCAGAGAAGCGACCGCUGGCCCUGUCCGUGGUGAGCCAGAUGAAGGACCCCACCUUCGCGACCUUCAUGUACCAGCUGCCCUGCGGGAAGCAGACGACCUUCUUCUCCUCCCAGGGCCAGGAGUACAUGGUGGUGUUCUGGGACGGGAAGGAGGAGUCCAGGAACUACACGGUGGUGAACACGGAGAAGGGCCUGCUGGAGGUGCAGCACAUGAGCUGUGCAGGGAUGAAGCUGAGCUGCCAGCUCAAGAUCCAGAGCUCUCUGUGGACAGCUACCGAGGACCAGAAGAUCUACAUCUACAACCUCAAGGGCAUGUGUCCCUUAAACGCACCCCACCAGGCCUUGGACACCCCAGCUGUGGUCACCUGCUUCCUGGCAGUGCCGGUUAUAAAAAAGAACUCCUACCUGGUCCUGGCAGGCCUGGCUGACGGGCUGGUGGCGGUGUUUCCCGUGGUGCGGGGCGCCCCGGAAGACAGCUGCUCCUACCUGUGCUCGCACACGGCCAACAGGUCCAAGUUCAGCAUCACAGACGAAGACGCGCGGCAGAACCCUUACCCCGUGAAGGCCAUGGAGGUGGUCAACAGCGGGUCCGAGGUCUGGUACAGCAACGGGCCGGGCCUGCUGGUCAUCGACUGUGCGGCCCUGGAGAUCAGCAGGCGGCUGGAGCCGUACUCGGCCCCUUCGGUGGUGACGUCAGUCGUGUGCAGCUCAGAGAGCAGCGGGGAGGAGGUUGUCUGGUGCCUGGACGACAGGGCCAACUCCCUGGUGAUGUACCAUUCGACCACCUACCAGCUGUGCGCCCGCUACUUCUGCGGGGACCCCAGCCCCCUCAGGGACAUGUUCCCAGUGCGCCCUGCGGGCCCGGAGCCCCUGGGCAGCCGUCUGGUUGACCGGAAGGAGCCUGAGGGGGACUCCAUCGCGGACGUGAGCAUCAUGUACAGCGAGGAGCUGGGCACGCAGAUCCUGACGCACCAGGACUCGCUGACGGACUACUGUUCCAUGUCUUCCUACUCCUCGUCCCCGUCCCGCCGGGGGCCCCUGUCUCCCGCCAGCCUCCCCUGCUCCCCAACCAGCGCUUCCAGUGUGCCUUUCUCCACCGACGGCGAGGACUCGGACCGGCUGCCAGAGCCCACCACGGGCUCCAACAGGUCUGAGCACGACCUGACCCCCGUGGAUGGAGAGGCCUUCAGCCAGCACCUGCAGGCCGUGAAGCUCCUCGCCGUGAAGGACCUCAUCUGGGUCCCCAGGCGCGGUGGAGAUGUUAUCGUCAUCGGCCUGGAGAAAGAUGCGGGCGCCCAGCGGGGCCGAGUCAUCGCCGUCCUCAAAGCCCGAGAGCUGACCUCGUGUGGGGUGCUCACAGACGCGGCUGUGGUAGCAAAGGACACAGUCGUGUGCGGCUUCGCGGAUGAAAACGCCGAGUGGAACCUGGCCGUGUGGCGAGGCUGGGGCUCCAAGGAGUUUGAUGUUUUCUACCGGUCCCACGAGGAGCUGGGCCGGCUGGAGGCUUGCCCGCGGAAGAGGAGGUAACUCCCGGGGAGCCGGGCCGGGACUCGACCCCGCCUGCAGCCCACAGUCCUCAGUGGGCCCUGAAGACCGGCCGGGGUUCUCCUCAGAACCGCUAGCUGCUAAGAAGCGCCGAGACGCCGUGGCCUCGCGGUGCUUUGCAGGGUGCCGCUACCCAGUUACCCCAUCCCUCCGUGGCUAAUUUUAAAGCCCAAUCUGGGGGCUCCCUAUGCCUCCUGCGCUGACUUCCAGGAGCAAGGUAGAGGGACCCCUUUCUGGAUGGCUCACAAAGGGGGGGCUGGCUCUCCCCAAUAAAGGGCCUGCCCAUUUUGCACCCCAGGUCUGGGGUACAGUUACACUAGAGCCUCUGAGCUGAGGAGCAGUUGCAGGCAGGGAGGGGGAGGCCAUGACCCCUGCCCCUUCCUUCGGUGCCCCCAGCUCUUGGUGCAUUUCACAAGCUCCUGAGUCCCUGGGGUCCCCCUUGGGCAAGCUGAGAUCAGAUGUCUCCCGCUCCGCGCCCGGGAAAGUUUCUGCAUGAGAAACCUCCAGAAGGACCCUCGGAGGAAGCAUUGCCCAAUCUGGGGGAUGAAUGAAUGGGCUCUUUAAGCAGUGCUGGACAGCCAGGAGCUAGCUCAGAGCCGCCAGCAUCCACUCGGCCUUUACAUUCUUGUGCCGAACAAAGGAGAAACUCAAUCAGCAGGACUUAGAAAGGGCCUUGUGUUUAUAGCUUUUGUAAAAUAAACUUGGAUGCAGCUGGAGCACAAGCCCAGAUUGUUUGCACAUAAUAAUCUUGUUUAUCACGGUCACAAAUUAAGUAAUAGCCCAGCAGUUAGGCCUCUGGUUGUGAAAUCACCUCGUAUGGGACUCCUACCACAUUAUGCAUUUGCUGAACAUCCACCACACACGUACAGCCGAGUAUAAAAAAGUAAAAUUGCUAACAGGCAAUUCAAGGGUAGGAUCGGGGAGCCAACUCUACACAACGCACACCCCGCGGGGACUGGAGGGACCUUCUGGGGCUGCGCAGCCCAGAACGGGAGUUGGAAUGUAAGCUCAUACUGGGGUUCAAGAUGUUGACCUUUUUCUGAAAUUAAAUUAUGAAAAUCAAACAUAGGGUCUGCUGGGGUGCGCGGCCAGAUGGGAGACCCUCUAUCUGAAAAUAAAUAGACUCAAGAAUGAAGUUAUGGCCUCUGUCAAGUGCUUGCCAAACAGCAUAGGCCCAGCCCCGCCCUCGGGCCACUCACUGCCCCCGGGGAGUGGGGCCCCUCAUGCCCACUGCUGCCCCUGGGCCGGCUGUGAGCAGAGAUGGCAGCUGGCAGCCUCCCUGCUUCCCAGUCCUGGCCUGGUGCUGAGGCCUGGGGUGCUGCUGACUCAUGCGUCCCACCCUGGUCCACCCGCUUCACCCCAUUCUCUUCCCUGGUCCUUCAGCAGGGUUUUGAGGGCCACCUCUCCUUGCCCCAGAGCCCCACGGGUGCACCCCCGAGCGGCAGGUCACUCCAGGUGACCUACCGGAGGCAACUGUGCCAAGACUCGGGGCUCCCCACACUAACCCCCCCCGCCCCUGAGCAGAGCCCAAGUCUGGCCCCCGGCUGCUGUGAGGGGGAUCAUGUUCAGCAAUGGCCCCACGGUCAAGGACCUCACACAGAAGUAAGAAGCCAGGCAGGAAGUGGCUCGUGACCUUGACCCAGUCAAAGUUAGAAAUAUAAAUACAAAAUUACCAGAAAGUCAAAAGACAGUCAAUGGGGAAGUGGGGGAAUUUUGCAAUAAAUAAGAGAUAACUCACUUAUCUUGUUUACAGUGUUUGUACCUCGUGAGGGGAAAACGGUAGAGGACACAGACACCAGUAGGGAGGAAGCCGCGCCCGGGUGCCGCUCACCGCCCUCACAUUAGCACGGGUGGAGACGUGAGGGCACCAGAUGGGGACCGGCACGUGCAAAGGUCCUGUGGUCGGGGAGGGAUGGUUGAGAGACUGGUGUGGCGGGGACUCUGAGGACGGGAAGCAGCCAGCAAGGCCUCGGUCUCCAUCAAAACCACAGGCAGUUUUAAGCAGCAUUAUUUGAGGAUCUAAUUGUACUUAAAAACACUUUAAUUGGGCCUCCCUGGUAGCCUAGGGCUUAAGUCCCAGCGCUGUCAACAAUAUGGCCAUGGCCUGAGUUCGAUCCCCGGCCAGGGAGCUGACCCACAGGGCUGCUCCCU